AUUAUAAGACCGCCGCGCCCUCCGCGCCUGGACUCGGGUUCCCCACGGCGGCUUCUGGGAAGGAGCUCCGCCGGCGGCGUCCACAGAGGCGUGCGUGGAAGCUCGGAGGGCCGAGGGAGGGAGGAUCCUGCGAGCGCCGCGACUCCCCCUGGGGCCAUGGACUCGGACGCCAGCUUGGUGUCCAGCCGCCCGUCCUCGCCGGAGCCCGAUGACCUUUUCCUGCCGGCCCGCAGCAAGGGCAGCGGCGGCAGCGGCUUCACAGGGGGCACCGUGUCCUCGUCCACGCCGAACGACUGCCCGCCAGAGCUGAGCGCCGAGCUGCGCGGCGCCAUGGGCGCGGCGGGCGUGCACCCCGGGGACAAGCUGAGCGGCGGCGGCGGCUUCAAGUCGUCCUCGUCCAGCACCUCGUCGUCCACGUCCUCGGCGGCCGCAUCGUCCACCAAGAAGGACAAGAAGCAGAUGACGGAGCCUGAGCUGCAGCAGCUGCGCCUCAAGAUCAACAGCCGCGAGCGCAAACGCAUGCACGACCUCAACAUCGCCAUGGACGGGCUGCGCGAGGUCAUGCCGUACGCUCACGGCCCGUCGGUGCGCAAGCUCUCCAAGAUCGCCACGCUGCUACUGGCGCGCAACUACAUCCUCAUGCUCACCAACUCGCUGGAGGAGAUGAAGCGCCUGGUGAGCGAGAUCUACGGCGGCCACCACGCCGGCUUCCACCCCUCGACCUGCGGCGGCCUUGCGCACUCCGCGCCCCUGCCCGCCGCCACCGCGCACCCUGCGGCCACCGCGCACGCUGCGCACCACCCGGCGGUGCACCAUCCCAUCCUGCCUCCCGCCGCCGCCGCUGCUGCGGCGGCGGCGGCGGCGGCCGCCGUGUCCAGCGCUUCCCUGCCGGGCUCCGGGUUGUCGUCUGUCGGCUCUAUCCGGCCCCCUCACGGCCUGCUCAAGUCCCCGUCGGCUGCGGCGGCAGCCCCGCUGGGGAGCGGGGGCGGCGGCAGCGGCGGCGGCGGCGGCUUCCAGCACUGGGGCGGCAUGCCCUGCCCCUGCAGCAUGUGCCAGGUGCCGCCGCCGCACCACCACGUGUCGGCCAUGGGCGCCGGCAGCCUGCCGCGCCUCGCCUCUGACGCCAAGUGA